AUUAGCAAACAAAAAUGAGCACUACAGAAAUGAUGUCAAAAGCAGCCUCUGUCUUACAGAGUUUUAAACCCCUCAGCAAUGUCUGCGAAAGCUUUUGUGGUAUUCACCCUUACUGUGAUGAUUUAAAGCGUCAGAUUGUUUCCUAUCAUUAUUGUGCCAUGAUUGACGAUGAACGUCGCCAGUGCUUGAUUUAUGAUGAUGAUGGACCCAAUGCCAAAUUGAUUGCUGUAGAAUACAUUAUUUCUGAGAACUUGUUUAAGUCACUGCCUGAAGAAGAAAAGAAGUAUUGGCAUUCUCAUAAAUAUGAAGUUGAAAGUGGCAUGUUGGUCAUGACAGCCAAACCCAUGGUGCCAGACGUCUUGGUGAGUGCAGCAGAAAAGGAACAACUUCAAAUCGUUGCUAAUUGUUAUGGUAAAACAUGGCAACUUUGGCCUGUGGAUAAGGACAACAAAUGUUCUUCCAAGAUACCUUAUGGUCCUCCUCAGUUAUUGAUGGCAUUCACAAAAGACAAUCAAGUCGAUCCUAAACUUAUCAAGGAAAGAGAUGAGCAUUUAGGCAUCAGUACAGAACAAAAGCGUAAAGAGCGUGAAGGUGUGAUUGUUGGUAAUCCACCUUUACCUGGUGCAGAUCAUUGGGAACACACAAAGCCAUUUCAAAUUAAGGAAUAAAAGAUGUGUUAUUCAUGCAAGCUAUGUUAAUUUAAAAAU